CCGCGGGCUGGGCGGUGGAUGCUCUCAAUUGGCUUUCAGCAAGACUGGAGAAAGGAAAACGGUGGACCCACGCAGGGAGAGGAAGAGGCAGCUAAGGAGGAGGGGAGAGGAAGAGCGAGGGAGGAGCCGGAGGAGACGUAGCCCUGGCGGGCGGGCGGUUCCUGGCGUGGCCCUGACUUCCGCGCCCCAGAGCCGGUGGGGGGCGGGCUGCUCACCAUGGCGGCUCGGGACACCGGCACGGCCGUCCCCGUGUGGCUGGCCGAGGACGACCUGGGCUGCGUCAUCUGUCACGAGCUGCUCACCUGGCCCGUCACGCUGCCCUGCGGCCACAGCUUCUGCCGCCACUGCCUGACGCGCGCGCUGGGCGAGGGGCGCGAGAGGCGCCACUGGUCCUGCCCCACCUGCCGCGAGAGCGCCGCGCAGCAGCCGCAGCUGCGGAAGAACACGCUGCUGCAGGACCUGGCCGACAAGUACCGGGAGGCCGCGCGCGAGCUGGAGGCCGGCCCGGGCCGCACCCCGAGCCCAGCCCCCACCCCCGCGCCCGGGCCCCCGCGCCGCGCCGCGCCGCCGCCGGCGGCAGCAAAGAAGAGCAUCACAGAAGUUGGUCCGGAGCUGGUAGAUCUGGUGGAACAGCUUAUAGACAUUGUCAAGAACCUUCAGAGUCAGAGACACCUCCCAGAGUCUGGACGAGACAAUGAACUGAGCAGCCUGGGCACGGCUUUUUCUGGUGGGAUGGACCUUUCCUUGGCUUCUCCAAAGGUGGUAACUUCCAACACACCUGAGAGAAAAGUGAGCGACAUUCUGCAUGACCUAGAAGAAAUCCUGGGAAAAUUACGAGAAAACUUCACGUGGAAAGAGGCCCUUGACUCACAAACACGGGUGGAAGUCCUGGAAGCUCCAUCUUCCUCUUCAUGCCCACUGCCUGACCAGAGCCGCCCUACGCCCAAGAGGGCCUCCAGGUUUGCUCAGUGGGCCAUCAGUCCAACCUUUGACCUCAGGAGCCUCUCCUGUAGCCUGGGGGUGUCCCAGGAUUGCCGGACGGUGACUGUAUCUCAUGACUCACAGUCCUAUCCCUGGAGUCAUGAGAGGUUUGCGACCUGCCAAGUUUUAUGUUCCCAAGCCUUCUCUUCUGGGCAUCAGUACUGGGAAGUGGACACUCAGCAGUGCAGCCACUGGGCAGUUGGGGUGGCUUCCUGGGGCAUGAGCCGUGACCAUAUCCUGGGAAGGACCAAGGACUCCUGGUGUGUCGAGUGGAAGGGGACUAGCCAGCUCUCUGUGUGGCACAUGGUCAAGGAAACUGUCCUCGGCUCAGACAGACCUAAGGUGGUGGGCAUCUGGCUGGACCUUGAGGAGGGGAAGCUUGCCUUUUAUUCAGUGGCUACUCAGGAGCAACUUCUGUAUGAGUGCUCGAUCUCUGCCUCCUCUCCUCUGCACCCUGCCUUCUGGCUGUAUGGCUUACAUCCCGGAAACUCUCUGACUAUAAGGCAAGUAAAGGUAUAAAAGGUUCCUUGAAUGUUAAAACACGGUGUUUCCCUGGUCUCUUUGCCUUCAAGCAGAGACUUGACUUAAGAAUCCCACUUCGGAAGUUAAUAAAGGGUUAACUCAGCAGACUUGGGAUGUUCAAACUCUGCACAUUCCAAAGAAAAGACAGGCCCUUGACUGGCUCCUGGGAGAUAACUUUGAAGCCCUUGGAAUAUCCUGCCCGAUAAGGUCUUUGUUUACUAGGCGGCCUUGGGCCACACGGUAUCAGCUUGACCUCUAGAGGGGCUGGAGACUAAGGUCAGCCCUGUGGGCAGUGAGCCUGCCUACAUGCUGGACUCCCAGUAAAAGCCCUGGGCACCAAGGCUUGGGUGAGCUGCCCUCGCUGGCACCAUGUGAGUGGUCACACAUCGUUGCAGGGAGAACUAAGCAUUGUUCCCAUGACUCCACUGGGAGAGGCUAACUGGUGCAUCCUGGCCCCUGCCCCAUGUGCCUUUUUCUAUUGUUGAUAUUACUCUGUAUCCUUUCACUGUAAUAAACUGUAACCAUAAAUACAA